AUGGCGGUAGAAGCAGUGGAAAAGAAACUCUACAACGCUGCAUCAAAAGGAGAUGUAACAACACUUGUACAUCUUCUUGAAGAAGAUCCAUAUCUUGUUCAUGGUGUCUCGUUUCCAUGUUCAAGAAAUCUUCUACACAUAGCAGCAAUGCAUGGACAGACAUUCAUUGUUGAACAAGUGUUGAAGCUUAAUCCGCAGCUAGCGUGUAAUUCAGAUUCCCAAGAGUCAUCGCCUUUCCACAUAGCAGCAGCAAGAGGGCAUGUCGAGAUUGCCUCGAAAUUGCUGGCAGUAGCCCCGGAGAUGUGCUGGUGGCGCAACAAGCAAGGCAUGAAUCCAAUUCAUGUUGCAGCCAUGAAUGGGAAUGUUGAGAUUCUAGAACUUCUCCUUGAAGCGAGUUGUUUUCCCGUGAUGGAGAGACUGCAUCGCGGGCAGACUGUGCUACAUCUGUGUGUGAAACAUGGUCAACUUAGGGCGUUGAAGGUUUUGGUGGAGAAGUUGGGAGAUCUUGUGUGUACAAAGGAUGAUGAUGGCGAUACCUUAUUGCAUUUGGCUGUAAGGUGCACUCAACUUGAGAUUGUAGAAUACUUGGUGGAAAUCAAAGUUCUGAAGCAGAAAACAAGAAACGGGAUGGGGAAAACUGUAAUAGCCCGACCUCCUAGGGUACAAUAA